AAAAAAAAAAAAAAAAAUUACAAUAUAUAAUACAAAAAAUCAGAUCAAUAGGAAAGUUGCUUCUUUCUUUCUUGUUACAUAUAUAACAUAUCUCUAUAACUUAGUGCUUUUAUCAAACUCAAUGUCGAGCGAACUCGGUCUGAGGAUGUUCGAUCCAAUAGAUGGUUCCACUCAAGUCAAAACCAUCGACCAAGCACUUGUGAAACAAGUCUUUCAACGAAAUACUAUGGUCAAGCUUCAAAAUCAUGAUAAUUGUCUGGAUAAUAGCUGCAGUGACAUUGUCAGCGGUCAUAGCAUGGCUAGUAAGAGCGAAAAAGGAGAUACUGAUGCAUCUACGCAAUCAGAAAGCUCCUCUACUAAAAGUGCUCUUACAACCACUACUGAUUCAACUGACAAUGAGCUUCAACGUAUUCGGCAAUUCGAUCUAACCUUCAUUCCUGAACAAAAAUUCGUGCCCAUUAUACCAAGUCAACUCGAAGUUCUUCAGUAUGAAAAAGACAUUCAGUCAAAAACACUUGCUGAAUUAGAGAACUCGACAGUAGAGCAACUGUUAAAGCCUUUCUCUCAAUCAAAUGAUAUCACGUUAGAAGAAAAUAGCAAGGAUGUAUUUAUAGCAGACUUUAUAAAAGUGGUAUUGAAAUAUGAAAUCGACUUAGAUUUCGCCAUUGUGUGUACAAAUGCAACGUCAGAAAAGGCCAUAAUCAGUGCUUUGGAUUUCUGGGGGUUUUGUCAGAACAGAGUGAGGUUCGCACCACUUGGCAGGGUCGUAAGGCAAUCAUUAGAAGACCGUAGGUUUUAUGGAGUGAUUAUGAAAAUACGAAAAUCAGGGAAAAGGGUAAGUUAUUACCAAAUAGAUUUGGAAAGUAGAGCGAGUAUGAUGUAUUUUACUGUUCUAGAUCUUUGAAGCGAAUAGCACAUUUAAAAAAUGGGGACAGUGACGCAAGAGAUAUGUUAGAACCUCAUCCUUGCUAGCUUCAUAUAAAACUUCUCUAAGUUUUUAAAAAGUUCUGCGACAGCACCAACCUUUUCUUUCCUUUUCUUUUUUCUUCUUCAAAUUCGAUGGCCCG